AUGGAUCAAUUCAUCCUCUUCGGCGACAGUAUCACGCAGCAAGCCUUCUCACAGGAUACGCCACCGCGACAUCGCGAGCCAAGUGGCUUCUUCGGUCCAGCCCUGGCAGAUGCGUACGCCCGCAAGCUAGACAUCAUCAAUCGCGGUCUCAGCGGCUACAACACGCGUCAAGCGCUCCAGGUCCUCCCCCAAGUCGUCCCAACGCUUCAGCAAGCACGAGUACGCUUCCUCACGAUCUUCUUCGGCGCCAACGACGCGAGGCUGCCCAACACGUACCCGGACCCACAGCAGCACGUUCCUCUGGAGGAGUUUCGCAGCAAUUUGAAGGCUAUCGUCAGUCACCCCUGCUUGUUGGAGCAUAAAGACAUUCGAAUCAUUCUCAUUACGCCUCCACCUGUUCAUGAGCGGACCGCGCUCAACGCAGACCGGAUCAGGGAGCCCAAUCGAGAGCCCGUCCUCCGGCGCACAGCAGCAGCAACCGCCACAUAUGCGCAAGCUGUUCGAGAACUGGGCGACGAGAUGAAUCUCCCAGUGCUAGAUCUGUGGUCUGCAAUGAUGGACCGCGCUGGCUAUCAUGACAACGGCGUGGACGACAGACUGGUGCCUGGAUCUGUAGCCAACGCUGAUGAUCAUGCCAACGCGGUCCUCGAGAGCUUUCUCCACGACGGGUUGCAUUUCACACGAGCAGCUUAUAGGGUGCUGUAUGAUGGGAUGAUGGAUCUUAUACAGGAGAACUGGCCGGAUCAGACGCCGGAUGCUUUACCAUUUGUGUUACCCAGGUGGGAUGAUCAAGAGGCGUGGAAAGAAGCGCGUGGUUCGGUCUUGUAG